GAGGCCAUCAACAACCCAUCUUCAAAGAAGAGGGAAGAAAGGGAUAGAGUAGAAAAAACCCAGAUGAAAAAUGGUUUCAAUAGGGACCAUAUCAUCUUCAUCUACACUUGUUUUCUCUCCCGUUCUGAAUUCAGAUUCUCGUUCAUCAUCUCUAUCGUUCAACAUUUAUACUCAAUCUCUCUCAACAUUCUCUCCACUGGUUCCGCCUUGCAGGAUUAGUAAUAUUCACCCUCGCCGUGAAAUUCCUGUUAGAUUUCGGCGAAUUUCCGCCGUUCCUGAAGAUUCCAUUCCUGUACAAGCAAACCCAGUUGAAAAAACACAGGAAAUUGUUGUUUCGAGCGGAAGUGGAAACGUGGAAGCCACCAUUAUCCAGACUCUUCUCAUCAUCGCUUUCAUAAGCCUGUCUAUUCUCACCAUUGGAGUUAUCUACAUAGGAGUGACUGAUUUCUUACAGAAGAGGGAGAAGGAGAAAUUUGAGAAAGAGGAAUCAGCCAAGAAGAAAGGCAAGAAGAGUGAUAAGAAACCAAAGGUUUCGAGAGCUGGACCAAAAGGAUUUGGACAAGUCAAGAAGGAAGAUGAGGAUUUUGAUGAUUAGACCAUUAAAAAGCAUAUGUAUUUCUUCUUCUUCUUCUUUUCAUUCAUUUAUUAAGCUGCUCCUCCUUGUAGAAUGCUAGCUAAUCUUAUUGGUUAUUAUGCUAGAAGUUGUAAUUGGAGGAAAUUAAAAAGAAAACUCUUUCAUGGAUCAUAU